AUGUGGCACGGCAUGGGCGACAACUGCUGCGACCCGGGCACGAUGGGCAGAUUGAAGACGUUCGUCGAGUCCGCGGUACCCGGGAUAUACGUCCACAACGUGAUGGUCGGUGGAAGCCCCGCGGCGGACACCAUGCACGGGUACUUCGGUAACGUCAACGACCAAGUCGCGCAGGCGUGCGACCGCCUCGCGGCGAUACCCGAGCUCCAAAACGGCUUCAACGCCAUCGGGUUCUCGCAGGGCUCCCUCUUCAUUCGCGCGGCGACGCAGCGAUGCGCGGACAGGCUCAAGGUCAAGACGCUCGUCACGAUGGGUGGACCGCACCAAGGGGUCGCGUCGCUGCCCGGGUGCGACGUCUUCUCCCCAACGACGGACGCCGGCGCGUUCUGUCGCGCGGCGGAGGCUGCCAUCGAAGCCGCGGCGUACUCCCCGUUCACCCGCUCAUCCGUGGUGCAGGCGCAGUACUUCAAGGACCCGAGGGCGCAAACGCGAUACCUGGCGCACAACCCGUUCCUGCCGGACGUCAACAACGAGAGGGAGGUCAAGAACGAGACGUACAAGCGCGCGUUGAGCUCGCUGCGUCGCCUGGUCCUCGUGCGGUUCACGGAGGAUACCGUCGUGGAGCCGAGGGACAGCGCGUGGUUCUCGACGUACGAGCCAGGGAACCCGCCGGGUCCCUUGGUUCCGCUGAGGGCACAGGCGAUGUACCGCGAGGACUGGUUGGGUUUGAGGGCGCUGGACGAGAGCGGGCGGUUGGUGCUGGCGGAGUGCCCGGGGCAGCACAUGUGGUUCACGGACGCGUGGCUGAAGGAGAACGUCCUGGACAAGUACAUGUACGGCGAUGAGUCGGGCGACGAGUCGUCGCCCGACGCGGUUAAGAUUAGCGUCUCCCGAUGA